UCGCCCUUCCAGCCGGACACAAGUUCGCAGUUCUUCCCAACAAUCAAUCUCGAAAAAAACGUCGAAAUGAAGGUUUUCGUCUGUUUGCUGGCGGUUUGCAGCAUGACCCACGCGGGAUUCCUGGGCGGCGGUGGAGGGGGUAGUAGUGCCGUCAGCUCCGGCUGGUCCUCCGGCGGAGGGUACGGUGGUGGCCAUGGCGUCGGCGGUGGCUACAGUGGUGGUGGUGGCUACGGAGGCGGUGGCUACAGCGGUGGCCAUGGAGGCGGUGGCUAUGGAGGCGGCAGCACGGUGAAGAUCAUCAAGGUGAUCACCGAUUCCGGAGCAGGCGGCGGCUACAGCGGCGGCGGUGGCUACGGAGGCGGUGGCCAUGGAAGCGGCUGGUCCUCCGGCGGUGGCUACGGAGGCGGCGGUGGCUACGGAGGCGGUGGCUACGGAGGCGGUGGCUACAGCGGUGGUCACAGCAGUGGCUGGUCUUCCGGCGGUGGCGGUGGAUAUGGCGGCGGUGGCUACGGAAGCGGUGGCAACAUCAAGAUCAUCAAGGUAAUCUCCGACUCCGGAUCGAGCGGUGGCUACGGCGGUGGCCACGGCGGUGGCUACGGCGGUGGCUAUGGCGGUGGUGCCUCCAGCUACUCCUCCUCCUCCGGCGGUGGUUGGGCCCCUCAGGGCGGUUGGGCCUCAAGCAGUUGGUAACCAUCACUAAAUUUCUAAUAUUUGUUGCUGUUUCUCACUGACCCUAAUUGUACAUAAUCUCCAAUGUUAAUCAAUAAAGACAGAGCGAUUUAGUUGAGCCUUGCCACCAGAA